CCAGGCGGCUGUGCAGCGGGUAUGCAAGCCAAUGGACGCCGAGGUCCGAGCCCCGGCUGCUACCUAGCGCAUCCGCUCGCAGCCAGGAGUGCUGGGCGUGGUGGGCACUCUGCAGCAUGUCACUGCAUGCCUGGGAGUGGAAGAAUGAAGACAGGGUGAGCAUGGGGACCAUGCCCUCCAUAAGCGGCUUUUCCCAGUCCAUGAGCGAGUGUGAUGUGGAGUACCUGAAUGCUAGGGCUCAGGCCCCGGAGUCAGAUUCUGAGCACCAGUGCAGCAGCAUUGAGUCCUCAGAUGGGCCUGCCAGCAUUUUUAACUCCGACAUGCCCCAGGUCGUCCCCUGCAAAUUCAUCAUCUCAUUGGCCUUCCCAAUGAAUAUUGGUCACAAAGGAAAAUGUACAAGUUUGAUAGAAAAAUACAGAAAAAACCCUAAAAUGGACAAGCCUGUUGCAAAGGUUCGCCAUUUCUACCACAUUGAGUAUUUUCUGCUGCCAGAUGAUGCAGAGCCUAAAAAAGUAGAUAUGGUGCUAUUUCCAGCAGUGGUCAAAGUGUUCCUGGAUUCAGGAGUAAAGACCGUGAGGCCGUGGCAUGAAGGGGACAAAGUUUGGGUGUCAUGGACCCAAAUUUUUAACAUCAACAUGACAAAGGAAUUACUAAAGAAAAUAAAUUUUCACAAAAUAACUUUGAGGCUCUGGGACACUAAGGAUAAGGUUUCAAGAAAUGUCAGGUAUUAUCGAUUAAAGACUUCUGGAUAUUCGGAAGAUGCAGGAUCUUCGGAAGAAGUAAGACAUUUGGUUUUAAAUCAGAAAAGAUUGUCUGAACAAGGCAUUCAUGUCAAAGAGGACUGGGACCAGAAGUAUGCACCAGGAAAACCAGAAAAAGCAGGAAAACACUUAAAGUCUUUACAUGCAGAGCCUGAAACUCUUUCCAAGAACACCGAGGAAUAUGAAAAGCUACUCAGAAUGGAAGAUCUUGCUACAGUUGGAUGGAGUAUGUUAAGACUACCAACUAUUUCUUUGGGAGGGGCAACUGUGAUGGAGAUGAAGAAAUUAAUUGAGAGGCCAUCAUUUAGAAGCUUAACAAGCAUAUUAGAAAAGCAAAAAUUUCAAAUUAAACAGAAAGAAUCAGAGAAGAAAAAAAAAAGCCAGAAGAGAAGGAAGAAAUCUCGAGCAGAAGAAGACACUGACCCCAAGCUGGCAGGCCACUGGAAGCAGGGCUCCUUCUCCAUCCAGCUGGCAGUAAUGCCACUCCUUGCAGGAUGGCAAACUGUUGUCAGUCGUGGCAGUGGGAGGUCUGCCAACAUUUUAGAUUGUUUUUUGACUUUAAAGACAGAAGUUCCUAUCAUGACCGAGGAGCAAAAGCAGGACUUAAACCCCCUGACCAUAAGGAUCAAGUGUGUUUCCUGUCUUCCAUCACAGCCUGUGCCCGUCCAUGAACUAGAGAGGCUGUGUACUCCCGUGUACUGCAGUUACCAGUUCCAUAAGACUCCAGUUCACCAGACUGAGGGGAAGCCUCAUGGAAGCCAUGUCUCCUUCCAGGACAUUCAUGUCAUCUUGCUUGGAGCAAUUCACCCCAGUGACCUGAGGGAAUACCUGGAGGGCCCUCCCAUGGUAGUGGAAGUUCAUGAUCGGGACCGCAAGUCAGAGGAGUAUUCCCAGAAGCCCAUCCUGUUUGGGGAGGACCCUCUGGAUUCAUAUCUCAACUUCCAGGCCCUCAUCUCUCCCAAAAAGACAGAGAACAACCCCUUUGAAUCCCAAAACAAGAUGUGGGACCCUUAUGGGGUCGCCCAGGUCAGUUUUGCUGACCUCCUGCUCGGCCACAAGAAUUUGAACCUGGUUGUCCCCAUCCACAGCUGUGAGCCCAAGUGCAUACAACAAGGCCAGAACAGCAGGAGCAGGAAGGUUGUAGGGUUUCAGGUCUCUACAGAUGGCCUUCAUCAUGGCCCAAUGCCCAUGGGUAACUACCUAGAGGCCAACUCCUUGCUCAAGUUGCGAGUGGACAUUGCAGUGCCACUGCAAACCAGGGCAGAAACCCCUGAUCCAGGCCUCACAAGGACCCAGUUUGGCCGCAUCAUUUUUGUAUUUGACUCCAGGAAGAUCUGCCUUCUAUACAGUCUGCUUCAGGAUAUCACCACAAUUAAUGCCAAGGCCCUUGGUCUGGACUCCUACCCUAACAAGAACAUCCAACAGAUCCUGUCAGCCUUUAAGAUGCGGGUGAAGAUCCAGGAAAGGCAGGACCUGGAUGUGCUCACCGGCUUCCAUCUGCUGGAUGGGAAGAUCCACCUCCUUAUUCUGGAAGGCUUGGCUGACCAAGGCUUGAAGCGGCUGUGGGAAAGCCACCAAAGCCG